AUGGACCAGCAGCCACGAAAAUCUCACGACUCAUCGGCGUCGUCGCGGAUUCCGACCGCCGAGCCGCAGCACCAGGGCGACAUCAACGACGCCAGCCCCCGUGAGCCGCCGCAGCAAUCAGAGCAACAAGAGCCAUCGCGGCCAGUUAAUUCUCCUUCAUCAAUACCCAACGGCCGGCCUCGGUCGCCAGUUUUUUCUGCCAAGCCAGAAAGGAAGCCGCCACCAGCGUCUCUCCCCUUAAUUCCUAAGCGCGACUCUGCUGGAGCCCCAAAGUCAGCACCGAGAAAACCUCCCAAGAUGCCCCAAUACACAUCGCGCGAUGUCGGCGACCCGUCGCAGAUCAAGAAGACCAAGCAGAGCAUGGCGGAUCUCAAGCUUCGUCGAUUGACAGAAUUGAACAAUCGGCUACGUGAAGAUCUCGAAAGAGAGCGCAUCCCCGUAAGCCAAGCAUCGAAGAGUAUCAUCGCCUAUUGCAACAGCACCAGAGACUACAUGGUGCCCAGCGUCUGGGGUCCUGUGCCAAAGGGCGAGGAUCCCUACGCACCACAACAGAGCAACGGCUGCUGUGUAGUGAUGUAGGAUGAGCUACAGAACAUGUCGAGUCGGAAGCGCAGACCCUUUGCUCGUGUCCCUGGCACAGCUCGGAAUCGGCUGUGUAUUUUCUGAGUGUCUUUGAUGUGGUGCACCCCCUCUUUCGCCGGUGUCUUGUUCGAUUAUUCCGCCUCGACCCCGACGAAAAGGCUUUGUGAGAACAGAAACGUCUUUUGGUAUUUUAGGAGCAUUCGGAUUGGGUGGAAUUUGGGCCGACAAAAAUGGGACAUGCGCGUUGGAUGGAACUGGGAGGACAGCGACCGAUGAUUUUUCUUUUUCCUACAACCAAACCGCCAUCGCUCUCACUCACGAUCCAGCACGGACGGACAGACCUCAACUUUCACCUUGACCCAUGGCAAACCAAGCAAAGAGAGAGGAGAGGAGAGGGAGGGAGGGGGGGCAUCCACAGCAAGAAAAAAAAGGUGGGGGAGGAUCGAGAACGACGACAGCAACGGCUUUUCCUACAACGAUUACGCCCUCAAAACACCAAAACUCAUACCCCAUUUUUUUUCUCGGAACCUUUUUAUUUUAUUUUCUUCUACUAUGACCCUACCUUUGACGGCGAAUCGCAAAUUCUUUUUCGGCAGGGAAGGUCUCGGACGGACAGACUGUGCAGCUUUUCGGCCUGUAAUACCUAAAACUUCCUUCCUGUUUUUUUUCUUCCUUCUUAGUUUUGUUUUUUUGCUGUUUUGACUAUUCCCCCAAAGUUGUAGCUGUAGCUCGGCUCUCUUGUCGUUGCCCGUCUCUGCAAAGCUCCCCCUGUUUUUGUUCUUCUCUUCACCCUCUCUCUCCCUCUCCUCCCCGACCACACAACACCCCCUUAUUAUUUCUUAUUAUUAUAUCUGGUCUGUUUUUUUUCCCUCUCGGGCUCUCUGUAUAUAAAGUACGCUAUGGUUAUUGUGUUUUUUUUUUUAGCCCAUGGUGUGGGUUCCUGCUAAAUGGGUUCACGAAUGAGGACUGAAGAAAGGCGAAUGAAGAUAUACCACUAUUAAACUUUAAACGU